AGCAUUGGAUUGGUUGAAUUUUGAAAGUAAAUGGCAGGUUACCAUUCUUUUGAUUGGUCCGCAAUUUGAUUUGAAAUCUUGGACCAUGAUGAUUUGAGAGUGGUGUUGAAUUAAAGUAAUGUAAUUUUUAGCCUAUGUCUGUUCAACAGGCAAGGUCGUAAUUUAUGUGUUUCAUUUUGUUCACUAUCAUUUUCAAUAAGCUACAGUGUGUUUUCUGUACUUCAUUUCAUAUGAUGCUUUGGUUGAAUGCUGUUAUGGACUUAUUUGCAGGGGGGGUAUACACCACUACAUUUAGCUGCAAUACAAGGUCAUGAGGGGAUUAUCGAAUUACUUACAAAAACCUAUUACGCUGAUGCCAACAUUAGAGAUUACAGCGGGAAGAAAGCCAAACAGUAUCUUAGCAACUCUGCAUCAAGCCGAGCCCAACGUGAUAGCCUCGUGCUGAAUCGAUCGAAGAGUGUCCCAUUCGAUAAGUCAGACUAUCUCGAGAAAACUGAUGUUAUGUCCCUAGACAAAAAAUUACUAGUUUCAAGCAAGCUUAGCUCAAAAUCAGGUAAUGAAAAGAGUGAUAAUGGAUUCAUGCGUAAUUCUGGAAGUCGUCGAAGUAAUCGUGAAAGUGCAAUAAAGUCAUUGAUUCGAGCAUCUACUGGUGCCAUGAAACAGACGGUAAUGAGGUCAGGCUGGGGAUCAUCUGAAGAUGUAAUAAACGAGAAAACACCAAAGUCGUCCCCUAGGAACAGUGCUGAACCAUCCCCAGUAAUACAUAGGAGGAAAGGAUCAUUUAAAGACCGAGAUCGAGACUUGAUGCCUCCACCAGGUGCAUCAUCUAGGCACAGUCACAAGUCAAAUAAACCGCAGCAUUCCGUCAGUAAAGAAAGCCUACAUACAGAAGAUAAAAAACUGAGUAUGAUGAAACAAGUCCCUCGUUCAGAGUCCGAGCCAAAUCUAGGUGAAAUAGUCCAACCAAGCCGAUCUACUUUCAUCUGAACUGUAUACCCACUACUACCAUUUGCAAGAGACUGUAUGGAGUUACUGGUGCUUACAGAGAAAAUACUCAAAUUGAUUCAUCUACCUGCCUGUUGAAGAGGGGCCAAAAUUUACCUUCCUGCCUGUUGGAGAGGGGCCAAAAUUUACCUUUAUCAUCAUCUACCUGCCAGUUGAAGAGGGACCAUGCUUUACCUUUAUCAUGAUAAUUGGUGCCUUGCUUAAUUUACCUCUGAUUUUCACCAGGAAUUAGCUUGUACUUUGGAAACUAUUGAAACUUUUCUUGUCAUACUAUUUUAAUAGUUUGUAGGGAACAAGUCUGUUAUCAAGGGAGUUACAUUGCUUAAAUCAAGCAUUGAGGAACUAUAUUUUUGUAUAUUUUGUGAAAUCAACUGAUGCCAGGAAACUUACAAAAAAAUAAGUUUUUUUUUGUGUGUGUGAAUUUGAAUCUGACCAUUUCACUGGGGAUCCAAAAUUUAAAGCAAGCUUGCCUAUAAAAUAUUCUGGUGUAUUUGGUAAAAUACUACUGUAAAAAUAUGUAAUGCAAUAUACAAUGUAAUAAUAUAAAGUAAUAAUUUUAUUUGUACUGUAAACUAGGUAGCUAGCUUUAUUUUAAGAUUUCAUGGAUAGCAGCGUCAUUUUUGGAGUUUAGAAUUUGUGGAACAGGAGGUUUGGUGUUUUAGGACAUGAAGCUGUAGAAUUCAUUACUGUCAUUAUUCAGGAAAAUUAAGGAAAAAAUAAAACCAUCUAGGAUAUUAUACUGUCUACAGCAGUCAAAAAUAAAUGUUUUCGAAAGAGACUACAUUUAUAAUCUGCGGAAAACUGAUAUAAAAAAUGUGAGAGUGAAAAUUAUGAAGCAGUUUAUGUCUGCAUUUAUCACAGCCUAAAAUAAAGUUUUAUUAAAUUCAUUACUGAUGGAAUAGAAAUACAUUCACAUGGAAAAUAGGUGUGUAACAGCGGACAUAAUUUCAAAGUGGACAUAAUUUCAAAGUGAAAUUAGAGUGUAAGUGCUAUUGAACAUAAUUGUACGCUAAGUAUAAAUCAUCAGCAUUUAUAAUGCUGUACAACAAAUUCUUGAGAAAAUGUUGCAAAUUGAAUGUAUUUUUUUAACCUUAAAAGACAAUCAAAACAUAAAAAAAAUGUAUCCUAAUCAGUCAUCCACCCUGCACAAAUAUGCUUUGGUUGGAUGGAAGGGCAUGAAGUUGGACUUUCAACCCAGUGUCAGUAUAAUGUGACUGGGUGGGGUAUCAUGUCACGUGUCUGUGGCGUGAUAUUCCAGUGAAGCAGCACUAUAAAGUUGGGCAUUGUGCUCACUGCUACAGGUAGACACCGUCGUUCAUAUGACUGAAAAAUUGUUGAAAAAGACGUUAAACCCGAACACACACACACAGAGUCUGAAACUUUUGCUGCAACUGGACCAAUAUCUUGAUUUUUUGUCGAGCUCGUAUAAGCAGAAAUUGUACUUCUGUAUUAUUUAUUUUAAAAAGGUUGCUUAGUUGUCUUCAACUGAACAAGGAAACCUUGAAGUUUACUUAACUAUCUACAAGUAUACAUUUGUUGUAUUUUUCAAUCUUUUAAUUUGUGUUUUAGUUUUUUUGUUCUGUAUACAUGUAUUCAGUUUUACAUAAAACAGUUACACAGUCAUAUAAUAUGCGAUUUUACAUUUAUAAGUUGUAAUAUUGAUUGGUAGUGGCAUACAUUUUCUACACAGUAAAACUAUUGACUUCAGUAGAAAAAAACUAGUACAUUUUUGUACUGAAAAACCAAAACACAGUUUUUGUCUAGGAGCAUAGUGAGGCUUCCACUUAUAUUCUACCUUUUAAAUUUAUGAUUUGUCAUGCCAUAAAUUCUAGAUUGCAGAGCAGCAUUAUAUGAGAAAGUUCUAUUGUGUAAUAUUUUUUCCUUCAGAUUUUUUCAAGGAUAAUUCUUAAACUCAUUUCAGAUUUACUCUAGAAUAAAUCAUAAAUGUAUAUAAUGGCAGAGAAAAUUGAGCUUCCCUUCGAAGAAGAUGUGGAGUACAUGUAUAUUGUUUUGCUCAUAGGUCUGUUUGUUAGUCAGUUGGUAGACCAUAUGGAUUCCAGUCAAUAUUUACAUAAUGCCUAGGCCUACAGUAACCAGACUAUAUACAGUCAUUGCCUGUGGUUUGUAGAAACCCCUGUUGUUUUUGGGGACAGUAGGACAAUCACAGUGACUUUGCCUGAAAACGGUUCUGCUCAAAAAUUCUUAAAAGGACGAUAAUCUUUGUUCAGUAGACCAGAGGUCAAGGUCACAGUGGGACUGAAAAUUAUUUCUCAUCAAUAUAUUUGGCCUACAGUUGUCAACUUCAUGGGAUAUUUGCCUCUGGUCUGGAUAUGGCCCUGUUUGUUUUGGGGCCAGUGAUGUAAUGGCGACGGUCACAGUGACCUCGUAACUGAAAAUGAUUUUUGCAUGGUAACUCCGACUGUUGUCAAAACUUAUAGGAUGAUUGUCUGUGGUCAAGUUAAGGGGUCAGUAGGUCUCCAGUAAGUUAUUGGGAUAUUGUAGGGGCAUAAGAAAAUGUUUUUUAUAAAGCUCUUGUUUAUUGUGUUAUUUGGACAAGAAAAACAGAAUUACGUUAAACCUUGAAAUAGAUGUGAAUUUGUAUGACGGUAGACAUUAUGUCUUGAAAUAAUAACAUGUUUGUUUAUUUACUUGUGUAAUCAUAAAAUAUUAAGGUUCCCAUAUUAUCAAUACAAUGUACUACUUUUUAAAUUUUCUGCAGUGAUGUAUACAUAUUUUUAUUUGUGCUAAGCCAGAUUUUUACUGAGUGGAGGGCAGAGUGGUUAAGGCGUCAGACAUGGAAUCAUUUGCUGCUUACCGAUGUGGGCUCAAAACUCUGCCUGGGAUGUUAACUUAUUGCAUGAGAUAGUUAUCCAGCUUUCUUCUGGAAGGUCAGUCGUUACUCAUGUGCCUGCCUGUGCUUAAUAUUAUGCUCAUAGGGGCACUUGUUGUAAUCAUCCAGUAUCAAGAGCUGGGAAGUUGCUUACCAUAUGACUUAAUAUGUUGGCUUGACUUAAAGCUCAACAAAACAAACAGCUAUAUAAUGAUAUAUUUUGUUAAAACAAUACACAUUCUCUUUGGUGCUAUUAUAAGUGUCUAUAUGUAAAUAUACAUAAACCUAUUUUCAUAUGCUUAAUUGCAUAGAUGAUUUCUUUGUUACAGCAUUAUAUUACGUUGUUAUACAAAUGUAUUUCGGUCCAAGAAAUAUUAUUGUAAAUAAACAACUACCUAAAAUGAUGA